CUUGAUUUGUUUCCUGGCCCUCCCGCAACGGCACCCAGAAGUGAACAAAGCGACCCGGAAGCGCUGAUCCAACUGGAGGCAGAAAGAACCUUUUAUUUUAUAGCUGGACUUGCAAGACAAUAUCUGCAAGCGGGACGUCAGGAUGGCAGAGCCUCGAUUCAACAACCCGUAUUUCUGGCCUCCGCCGCCAUCAAUGCCAGGCCAACUGGAUAACCUGGUCCUCAUUAACAAGAUCAAGGAGCAGCUGAUGGCCGAGAAAAUUCGACCUCUCCACCUGCCGCCUACCUCCGCCCCCUCUCAGCAGCCCUUGCUCGUUCCCACCUCGUCCCCGGAUGGCGGCGCUCAGCACGGCAUGUCGGUGCAGAAGCCUCAGGCGCAGCAGGUGUCAAACCAUCACCCGCAGCCGCAGGGCUCCGGUCAGCCUGAAAUCGCUCUGCACGCUCGCUCCAGCUCCAGCUCUGGACCAGAUGGAAAUAUGGAUGACAAGUCAGCAAUAAAGGCCAAAGGAUUAUGGGAGGACUGGCACAUGAGACAACUUGGGGAACAACCUGGCCGGGUCAACCAUCGCUCAGGUCUGGCCCCAUCCCGACCUGACAGCCACAGCACCUCCGAAGCUCUGACCCCCACGACUCCGACCUCCAGCAGCCAGAACCGCUUGGGUGGUUCUCCCUCGGUGAACAUCAUCUCGGGGUUGGCUAGCGGCCCAGGCAUGGACCACAUGAAGGCCGGGGGCCUGGCGGGACUCUUGGGCCCCCCACCUAAAGCACCUCGGGGGAGGAAGAAGAUCAAAGCGGAAAACACAUCUGGGCCUCUGCUGGUGGUGCCCUACCCCAUCCUAGCCGACCAAGGCUGUGUCACCGUCGCACCCAAAGAGGGCAAAACCUACAGAAUCCACACCGGGGAUAGACCGUACAAAUGUGCUCACCCUGGAUGCGAAAAGGCUUUCACCCAGCUGUCCAACCUUCAGUCUCAUCAGAGGCAGCACAAUAAAGAUAAGCCGUACAAAUGCCCCAACUGCUACCGUGCCUACUCGGACUCUGCGUCGCUGCAGAUCCACUUGUCAGCACACGCCAUCAAGAACGCUAAAGCCUACUGCUGCAGCAUGUGCGGCCGCGCUUACACCUCAGAGACCUACCUAAUGAAGCACAUGUCCAAACACACAGUAGUGGAGCACCUAGUGAGUCAUCAGUCGCCCCAGAGGACUGAGUCCCCCACCAUCCCCAUUCGCAUUUCCCUCAUCUGAGCCCUCUGGACGUUCAAGAGUCGUACGUAGAGGCUUUAUCUAGAUGGCCGCGGGACGGCGUGCCCCCACGGCCAUCUACAUAAGGCUGGCGUUAAGGUUAUGACAGCUGGCGUAAGCAUUCGGUGUUGGAGUCAGCCCACAGACGGCCUUCUUCGUCUGGUGGAGAAAUGAGCACAGCAUUACUUUGUGAAUGUAACCAAGCAGCUUGAUGCUGUCCGGGGAAUCGAGCGGCAAAGAAUGUCUUGCGUCAGAUUCAGUAAGCACUUUCGUGAGCCUCCGGAUGCAUCGCCCAGUGAAAUGUUUAGGCUGCUUGCUUUUUAUUUUCCUCCCUUACUUUUUUUUAUCUCAUCCUUAGGUAGGUUUCUAAAAUGUGCCAGACGAUAUUUGUCCUCUUAAUGAUUAAAAAAGAAAAAAGAAAAAAAAAAAGCUUGCUGGGUGUAUUCAGAAGACAUCCAAAGAUAAUCUUAAAGCACUUUUUUGGCCUUGUGGUUUUAGCUCAAAUUGUUUCAAUCGCAUUGGAUGGAAAAUGCCAAAGGGCAUUACUUGUGGCAGCUAAGGGUGCAGACAGCAGUGGACAGAGUCAUUCUCUUUUCUUUCUGACAUUUCUACACCAGAACAGGGUUCUUUAAAUUUGAUCAUGGCAAUCGGUUGAUGACAAUUGACGAUAAAUCUUCCAUUAUGUGACAUUUUAACUUGGGAUACGUCAAAAAAAAGCUUUUUUUCACCACAUAAGUUGGUGCCAUAUUGAGGUUUUAGGGAAGAAUCUGGUUCAGUUUUAUGAUUCAGGAUUUACAAAAAAAAAAUGCUGCUUGAUCUAAAUACCCAUUUAGCCCGUUUGAAAAAAAAUAAAGCUUAAAUAAAAGUCUCAAUUCAGCUGGUUUAUCUUAAAUCUAACCACUGAACCAAAAUGUGAAUUUAUUGUACAGCUACACUUUCCCAGUCAGGAUUUCUUUAAUAAGCUUUACACAUUUGGAUCAUUCAGUAGGCCUAUAUUCUGAGUGUAUGCAGAGGUGAAUCCUUUUAUUUUAUUUUAACCCAGUUAGUAUUUUACUGUAUACAGUAUUGUUUUAUAGCAUUUUACUGUAACUGAAACCUUGGAAUGGUACUCCCCUGUAUUCUUCAGGGUACUUUCAGAAAAGGUGCUGGAGCAAGAUGUUACAAUUGAGAUGAAACUGAACGUAAUGUAAAAUACAUAUACAGUAUAUAGUAUGUUUUCAACAAAAAAAAAAAAGUAUUACUCAAGCCUAUGGCCUGAAAAAAAGGACAUUUACGCCAACAACAAAUCCUGCCUCCUAAACUUUUUCUCUCCUUUGAGAUAAUGGGAAAAUGUACAUGUUGCUGUACUGUAAAACAUGUUACUCAUUUAUAGUACCUAUUUUUAAGUUUCUUAUUUUGUUCAGAUUUAUGUAUGAACUUACUGUAAUUAUUUUAGUCUACCAGUAUGUUCUUAAUAUUCAUGUUUUGUAUCACUUAUGUAAGCCUCAACUGUUUUUAUCACCCCAGUUUCGUUACUCUGAAUUGUGUUGGGCAGUAUUCAGUCAUGUAAACAUUUUUGUUUCCUUUCUUCCGCAUGGAGUUACUAAGCUGUAAUCUGUAUAACUGUUUAACUCAUGUCCUCUAUGAGAAAAAAAUUGUGUAGAUUUAUGACUUUUUUUUUUUUUUUUCCUGUCUUGCAUUGUGGUUUCAUAUACAGUUUCUAGACACCUAAAAUAUGCACAGCCAAGACCGAGAAGUCGAACGAACGAAGGUUUCAUGUUUGAAAAAGGAAGAAAAAAAAGGCUUUGUAUCUUUACCUUGUUUAAUAAACAGACUGUUAUAAACGAA